CUGCUGCGGCCUGUAGCGGGGCGGUCGCUAACUGAAGCGCCGGGGUCGGCGAAUAAGAUUCGCAGGAGGUCCUCUAUUCAGGCAGAAUACUGCCAGUAUAAUUUCAGAACGGUUACUGUGUCAUGGGACUUCACACAUACACCUGAACGCUACCUUAUACUGAGUCUAAUCUUUGGUCUAUCAAGAAAAAUGAAAGGCAGUGUUACUGAAGAUCACCUUUAUCUAGACUACUUGCAUCAGAAAGAAGACUGCAUCUUGCCUCUCCACACAUCUAUAUCCUUAUUUCUCUUGUCAUACUGUGACUGCAAGACAUUCAGAGUUUUUUUAGUAUCUCCAGGAGAAAUACCUUCAGACUCGCAGUUUACAGAUGAAGCACUGCCUGAGUCCCUGGAAUUUUGUCUUAUCGAAAGGUGUCAGCUUCCUUCAGUGGUCCAGAGCUGCUGCUUACCUGCUGUUGUUGAAAAGAACGGGAUGUUCUGUCGAGCAGGACUUGCUGUAGUGUCAAGGCAUAUAAUAAACAGAACUUAUGAGGUUGAUCCAUCAAAGAAGGAAGUUUUGGAACUCUUGGGAUUUAAAAAGACCUGUUUGAAAGCCUGCGCUGAAAUUAGUGAAUGGACCAGACUUUGUGAAAUCAGCAUUCCUCUGGCUGUUGAAAAUUUUCUGAGGCAGUCUCCUGAUGAGCGUCAGAGUAUUCCUGUGGAAGUUCUACAGUUUGAAAAGAAGUUGGGAGAACCUGUAAGAGUGCAUAAUGAUGACAAAAUUCGAAGGCAGAAAAUUCAACAGCAAAACUUGCUUGUUAAGAAAGAAAGUAAUAAUUCUUCAGAAGAAGGAAAAUCAAAAGAAAUUCAGGACUCGUCUCCUGCAGAACUAGAACUAUCUUUCUCUGAAUUAACUGUGCAGAAAAUUCCAGUUUCCACCAACAGGGAGCCUUCUAACAUUAGGAAAAUGAAAACUUCUGAACUCCCGCCUCUGGAGCAUAUUUUUGCUGAAGGGCUAUAUUUUACUUUGGCUGAUGUUGUUCUCUUUCCAUGCAUUCAUCUGUUUUGGGUAUUCUGCAAAAACCACCAAGACAAAAUGUUGCCUUUAAUAUCCAGUUGGUACCAGAGAGUUCAGAAAGUACCAGGAAUAAAGAAGGCUGCUGCCAAAUGCAAAAUGCAGUUUGUCCACUGUCGAGGCCCAUCCUCUUUCCAAGAUGAAUGCCCACAAAGACCUUGCACCGCUUCUGAUGAGCCAGAAGAGGAGAAUGGAGAUGCCCACUUUAUAGGUGGUCCGAGGCCAACCAUGACAAAAUUAAUGAAGAGUGGUAUUGAAGCAGUGUUUUGUCCUCAUCCUCACCCUACCUGGGCCCUAGACUGGGACAGUCUACCAGCAGCAGUCAACCCAGGAGAAGGAAAGAUGUCCAGUGAUCGUGCUUUGAGGAAGCGGCAACAGCUCAACAACCUGGUGGCUUUAGUGACAAAGCUGGCGAGGCCUGGAGACGUGAUUGUGGAUUUUUGCAGUGGUGGGGGCCAUGUUGGAAUUGUUCUUGCUCAUAUAUUGCCGUCGUGCCAGAUAAUAUUGGUAGAAAAUAAAGAGUUGUCACUGAUGCGUGCUAAAGAAAGAAGUGAUGAAUUAGGAUUAAACAACAUUUGGUUCAUCCAAGCAAAUAUGGACUACUUUAAAGGAACUUUUAAUAUUGGGGUGGCUUUGCAUGCUUGUGGAGUGGCAACAGACAUGGUGAUUGAACGCUGUACCCAAGUUCGUGCAGCAUUCGUCAUCAGCCCUUGCUGCUAUGGCUUCAUUCAGAAUACAGCGAAGUUUACAUUUCCACAAAGUCAUCAGUUUAAGAAAGUUCUAUCUUAUAAGGAGCACAUGGUUCUGUGCCGAUUUGCUGAUCAGACAGCUGUCCAGCUUCCCCCUGAACGCAGGCGAAUAGGUAAGCACUGUAUGGGGCUGGUGGAUCUGGAUCGGGCAUGGAGCGUGGAAAGAUGCAACUACUCUGUCCAAGUGACAUCCAUGGAACCAGAAACUUGCUCUCCAAAAAACAACUUGAUAGUGGGUGUCCCUAUUUAGUUCAAAGGUUUUUUUUCUUACCAGUUUGAAUUUAUGAUCAGUCCUUCCAAUUCAUAGUACAGUAAUUUUGUGGAGGUUCAUGCUAAGUCUGGGAAGCAGACGCUGUACAUCUUGAAUUCAUUGUCUCCAGAAAAAGGAAGCAGAAAAGAAAGGGCUUGGCAACGAGGCUGCCUGCAGAGCUUCUUAAAUCCUGCUUGAAAUGUGUGAUUAAAUGACAGCUGGUUCUCAGAAAAGGAACAUCCUAAAACAUUUCAUCUGCCUGCACAAUAAUAGAACCCAUAAAGGUUUGUUUUUUCAAGUUUCAUUGCUGGAAAGGUGAUAUUUUUUUUCUGUAAAGAUGAAUCUUGCAUGUUGGAAAACACAAUAUGCUAAUGCUUUUGUGAUCACAGACUCAGGCAAUAUAAAACAGUAGGCAAUUACUGAAUAAAAGCAGCUGAAUUUCUUAUUUUUUAUUGUGCAUUUACUUGUUCUCUCAUAAUACAGAUGUAUAAGUUCUACAAAAAUAUAUUGUGGAAGACUAUAUAAUGAUAAUUUUGUUCAUCAAAACAUGUUUUUAAUAUUUUUUUCCUCUUAGAAAAGCAUUUAAGAGGAUGGUUGUGGACCAAAUUACAUAUUCUACACAAAUAUGUAGAAUUUCAUUUAAGAAAAAAGUCACUUCGGGACAUAGUGGGAAAGUGCUUAUUCUUUCCUGCCUCUAUGGUUUUAUUUAUUUACUUCAAUUAUACCUUGCCUUCCUCCCCAAUUGGGACCCAAAGUGCCUUCUACCAUUUCCCUCGCCUCCAUUUUUUCUUCACAACAACCCUAUGCGGUAGGUUAGGCUGAGUGUGUGUGACUGGCCCAUGGUUACUUGGCAAGCUUCUGUGGCAGAGGGGAGAUUUGAAGCUAGGUUUCCCUCCUCUUGAUCAUUUGCCCUGCAGAUAGAAAAGCAACUUGAGGGAAAAGGGGCACUGUGAAUAAAACAGCAACUGAGCGGCAACGGGUUAAGCAUCCUUUCCCUUGCCAUUCCUCUGGUCAAGCUCACAACCUUUUCUGUUUUCUUUUCAUUUUAAAAGGUCAGGAGACUAUAAACACAUCUGCAGUAUACUGUCUAAUUUGGUUCUAAGGCAGGCUAAAAUAUGAUGGUGUGCAAAAACUUUAAUUAGCUAGAAAGAUGGAUAUGUCGGCUAAUGUUUUAGUUGAUUGAUUUUUAUCAGAGAAAGCAAGCUUUACUUGUCGAAGCCGAGGGUUCUUCUGGAUUCUUCCUUCCAUGAAAUAAAUUAUUUAAAAUGGUCUUUCAUUUUUACAAUGUAGUGUGUCUCAUUCUUCAGUAUUUCAAAAAUAAAACAUAUAUUGUAAAUUUUA